AUGACACCCCAUCAAUCAUUCUUGGUGUUUACAAUGGCAACCCGGUACCAGUUGUCAUUUGACACGAUAUUUGGAGAUGAUCAAGGAAGUGAGCACUUGAAUUUGAAGGACAGAUGUCAGACCCGCUUUCAAGAAAAAGUUGAAUUUUCACAAAAAAAUGACCAAAAGAAAUCGAAAGCCUCCUCGAAAGCUACAUCAUCAUCCACAGAGCAAGCCUCUUCAUCCUCAACAGCAUCUUCUUCCUCCGAAUCUACUACUGCGGUUUUCGAUGGAGCUAUUGGAAUUGAUUUCGGUAAUCAUAACUGCACCGUUGCCUAUUUUAACGUACAACAUUUGCUUUCAUCAUUUCCAAAUUUAAAUUCAUCAUCGGCUUUAACUUCCUCAUCUCCGAAUAAGCCUUGUUAUGCUGCUACGGUGAUUCAACCAGUUCAAAAUAUGAACAGCCAUGUGGUUAUUAUACAGAAUGAAGAUGGUGCUCAUCAUACACCUUCCGUGAUAAAGGUGAACACAAUCAUCGAAGGAGAAGGAACAGAUAAUGAAAAAAACAAGAGAGAAAUCAUUGUAGGAUUUCCUCCUCUUCCUGGAGCAUCACUCGCUCCAGACCAAGUUAUUUCCGAUUUGAAAGAAUUCAUGCUGGAGGAUGAAGAAAGAAUGAAGAAGGAAAAUACGGAAUCUCCAGAACGAAUUGCGUUCAAUGGAGAGGAAUAUUCUCAGGAUUAUAUGGUCAGCUUGUUAUUGGGAAAGAUGAAAAAUAUUGCAGAACAUUAUUUGGGAAAGAAAGUGAAAAAGGCAGUGAUCAGCUGCCCUUCGAACUCCUCACAUUGUGAAGCAGUCAUUCGGAAAGCAUGUGACCUGUUGGACAUGAAAGUUUUAACAAUUCUCAAAGAACCUAUUGCAGCCUUAAUUGGUUACGGAUUUGAUUUACCCAAGCCAAAUGAAGGAGCAAGGAAAGUUUGUGUGAUUGACGUUGGUGCUUUGGAGACAAAUAUUUCAAUCGUAAAAGUGGCAGAAAAUGGCCUAUUUGAAAUGAUUAAGAGUGAGUCGAAACGACCAUUGGGUGGAGAAUCCAUUGACCAAGUUAUGAUUCAAAUGUGUCUCCAGGAAUUUAAGCGACUCUAUUACAAGAAUAUGUCUGAGUCAAUGUUCCAACAAGAAGUUGGAAAAAAUAGAAAAGUCCAAAACAAACUAAGAAGAUCAUGUGAAAAUGCCAAGAUAGUGCUAUCGAAUAAUCAACAAGCCAUGAUUGAAAUUGAUUCACUAUAUGAUGGUUUAGAUUUCCAAUUCAAAAUCACUCGUGCACGAUUUGAAAGCUCAGUCAUGUCAAUUUUUGCAAGUAUCAUUGAACAUGCAAGACAAACAGCGGACUCAUUGGCAGAACAAGAUUACUCGUUUGCAUCCAUUACCGACGUUGUUCUUGUUGGAGGCUCUUGUCAGAUUCCCAAAUUAAGAGAUAGUAUUCAAACAUUAUUUUCUCAAGCCAAAGUGCAUGAUUCGGCAGUUGAAGAUAGUAUAGCAAUAGGGUGUGCCAUUCAAGCACAUUUGAUGCACAUGUACUCGCAUUUAAUGAACAACAAAACCAACUAG